ACGAUUGGAUGGGCAAGGCAAUGAGCGAGUCCCCCAGUUCUCAUAGAGUUUGACCUCACUUGAAUUGAAAUGGCGGAUCCAGCGCUCCACCAAACCCAACCCAUCCAAGAAAUUGCCAUAGACUACACUCCAGAAGCAUGCACACAUUGUGUUGACACAAACUCCAUCACUCUCACCUACGACCACCGUGGAGGUGCUAGGUGGCGCUCCACCACUCGCUUCCUUUAUGGCACAUUCAGCUCCCUCAUCCAAUGCGCCAAAGGUAACACAAGCGGCCUCAAUUUCAACAUUUAUCUCUCCUCCUUAGAAGGUGACAAAUCUCAAGAUGAGAUCGACUUUGAAUUCCUUGGCAAGGACAAAACCAUCGUACAAACUAAUUAUUACACCACAGGAACUGGGAACAGAGAGGAGAUUCAUGAUCUGGGUUUUGAUUGUUCUGAUGGGUUUCACGAGUACGUGAUCAAGUGGGGUCCGGAUUUAAUCGAGUGGUUGAUUGAUGGGAAGGUAGUGAGAAGAGCAGAGAGAAAAGAAGGUGAAGGGUUCCCAAACAAAGCAAUGUUUUUGUAUGCUUCAGUUUGGGAUGCUAGCUACAUUGAUGAGGGAAGGUGGACUGGACCGUAUGUGGGAUGUGAUGCACCCUAUGUUUGUCUCUACAAAGACAUACAUGUGCCUGUUGGAUCUGCUGUCAACUGUUCUUGUGAUUCUUGAUUUGAUAUUGACUUGCAGUUUUGCUCUCGACUGGGUUUACCUGAGUGCUAUCAUUUUCCAAGGGACAGGAGCGCGUUUUAAACCAUUAGUUCAGGCCACCCACCCUGGAUUUUGUGGUUCUGGUUUGUAGAGGAGCUUGUAAUCGAGAGAGAAGCGUCAACUCAAGGAAAAGUCCAACAUGACUUGGAUUAAAUCAUCAAGAAUUGUAAAUCAAGCACUAAAAUGUUGGUGAUACAGACGGUCAAUUUACGUCUGGUGAUACAGAAGGUCAAUUUACGUCAAGAAAGGACUUUGGAGGUCAAACGCUAUAAUCAAAAUCUUAAAGAGAGAUAUUUUGUGGAAAUAGAUACGGAAUAUUUCCAGGCAAUUUGUUGCUCAAACCAGGGCUUGACUAGGAGAACACUAUACCAAAUUAAGAAAGUAAGCAUGCCCUCAUUGGAAUAAUUCUCUCUUACCAAAAUUUCAGAAAUUGUAAGCAUCA